GCCCGACUGGCUGAGGCUAAGGGCUCUCUGCAGCGCUCUUCUGAAAUGAACAGCCAUGUGUUUAUUUGGAAAUCUUCCUGCUCUGUCUCAAUAGCUAUUUGUCAUGUUCCUUAAUACCACAGCUGUUUGGUUACGCCAGGUCAUCUGCUUUUAUUAGUCCUGUUCCUACCACCCACUGAAACUCACACCAGCCAGCAGCAGAUUCUUAUCCGUGUCCAAAAAUAGCACUUCUCUCGUCUCCCUCUUCCAGUGAUCCUGGAAACUUCAGUGGUUUUCUUCUUUUCUGAUUUCCAAUUCUGCUGCCUACCUGCUGCCCCAUGAAGGCUGGAGUAGCCGCCCUCACAGCCGGGAUCCUCGGUGGCACCGGCGUGUUGCUCUUUCUCAUCGCUUUCGGGACGGAUUACUGGCUUCUAGCUAUGGAGACCUGCGGCGUCUUCGAGAGUGGGAAUAGCACUCUGCGGACCGGGGAGGCUGAAAUGCAGACAGAGGUCAGGAAGGAGAUCCUCACUUUCCAUCAUGAGGGCUUCUUCUGGAGGUGCUGGUUCUUUGGCGAGGGCCACCGAGAGACCAUCUGGACCUUCUGGUACACCAGCCAAGCCCACCCCAAGUUCUGCAUGCAUGGCUACCUCUUUCCCAUGCCCAUUGCUCUUGGACCUUUCCCCCAUCCUUCCUACGACACAACCGCAGGGCGCUGGAGGCAUCUGUCCCUGCCUGUCAGCCCUUGCUAUGAAAUGCUCUUCAGCUGCCUCUCAGAAAUGCCCGUUGGGAUGGAUCCCGGGAAGGUGGGGAUGGAUCCCGGGAAGGUGGGGAUGGAUUCUGGGAAGGUGUCGGCGAGGGGCUCGGCGCAGGGGCUGCACCCUGGGGUGCUGGGGGGCUCUGCCUGGAGGCUCCCGGCACCCACCCCGCUAUGAUCCCCGGGGAGAUGAAGAUGUCUCAGCACCCACAUUUAGGGCAGUGGGAGCAUCGGGCUCCUCUGCUGCACCAACCCCGCAUUUGGACAUCUGCAGAGAGCAGACGCUUCUGUCGUUAACACUCAUUUUAUUUCAAACCAGUCCAUCUUCAUAUGCAAAUGAUGACAAAACAGGAGGCUGUCCAAGAAGAGGGGUCCUCCAGCUAUUACUUGCUCCAGAGAUAAUUCUGCCUUAUCUGCAUCCUCUUAGGCUCCCUGAGAGAAACGGGUGACGGGAGGUUAAACAUGAAAAUGAAUUCUGUGGUUUUGGAGAGUUCAAGAUACUUAUCUCUCCCUAAGUGGCUCUCCUGACAAAAUGGUUUCAAAUGAGUAAAACGCAUCUUUUCUGUA